AUGACAGCCGAUGUUCCACCCGUCCCCAACCACCCACCAGAGGCCCAGCACCGUCGACGCAGACGUCUGGUUCACAAUAUCGUGGACAUGGACCCCGAAAACAACACUGGCUACUGUGGCCCUGACCCCGGCAUCGAGCCCUCACUUGAGUUUCCCUGUCGAUCUUGGAAACUUCCUCAAGGCCGCGGGACCAUAGGUUCCAUCGAACAUCAGGUUGAGAUGGCCUGCCAUGCCGCGAGCCGCGCCUGGGCUGCUGCCGAAGACGAAGGGCAAGAUGCUGUUGAUCAGCUGUGCGACACAACGGUCAAACUGGCCAUCGCGGACAAGGCCAUCGAGCUCAGGCGUACGGACUGGUUAGUAGGAGCCAAUUGGAGCGAUUGUGCAAGCUCACGCCAGGCAUGUACCAAGCGAACAACCCUACCGGCACUGGAGGACAUUGAAGCGGAGAUCGUCGCCGCCGUUGAGCUCCAUUACACACGACACGAGGACGCACUCUCGCUGUGGCUUGACGUGCCCCGCGAGGUGCCGUUCGAUCUUGGGCCGUAUGCGAAGGCUCACGAGGCUACCGUUGAGUAUUGCUACACAUUGCGUAAUGGUCGCUGGACCCGGGAGCCGUAUGGGCUGUCCAUGAGGGAUGGUGUAGCCGUCCAAGUCUUACUCCCGGACGCUUCUCCGGCGCCUGAGCAGCACGACCCCUUAAACCGCGAAUAA